AUGUAGUCUUUUAAUCCCUCUCCAGUUGACAAAGACAAGAAAAUUAAAAUUAUGGAUGAAUUAAUUAAGACUAAUUAAAAACAUAUAGAUCAUCUAAAACAAACAAUCACAUAAUUAAAAAAAGUAUUAAAAGAUAUCAAUAAAUAUAGUAAUUAUAAUUUGAAUAGAAAAGAAACUAAGAUCUUGAAAAGGAUAAUACUACCAUAAAGGAUUAAAUUAAAAAACUUCUUUCUAAACCUACAUUUCAUACUUAAUUCACAUAAACAUCAUCCGAAAUUAAUCAUCGAGAUUAGCAACAUUUAUCUAUCAAAGAAGUAUAAUAAAUUCACAAUACCUCUGAAAAUAUAUAAAAAUCUGAUAUUGACCAUACAUAACCUAAGUAAAACAUAAUUAAUUAAAUAUCUCCUUCAAAAUAAGAAAUCAAGAAAAUCCCUAAACUUGAUCUUAAAAUUGAUAUCAAUUCAGCUCUUUAACGAUAAUAGAGUGGACCUAUUAGUAGUGUUAAAAAAUCAUAAACUUAUUUACAUGGUUUAACUAACGUCAAAUUGAUUGAUGCUAUAAAGGAAAGAAUACCUGAAAAAUAAAAUAGGAUUGUAAUAUAUUUUAAUUUAAAGAUAUUUCAAGGCUUCUUAAAUUACAGGAGAUAGAGCGGGAAAUCAAAUGAGAAAGUCUUUACUAUUCAAUUUUUAAAAUAAUAAAUCAAUUAUUAUUAAUGAUUGUGAAAAUUAGGAAGAUUAAGAAAUACACAGAAGUAGAAAUUCAGAUGGAAAAAAAUAAUAGUAGUUUAUUGAAUCCAUUGAAGAAUAUAGAGUUGAAACUUUGGAAGUAUCUGCCUUAUAAUUACCUGCCUAUAAUUUAUAUGAAAAAUUUUAUAUUCUGGGUUGUGAAAAAAAGGAAUUUUUAGAGUUUGAUAAUGAUCCCAAUAUUAAAGAAGGUAUUCUACCUGCUAAUAUUUUAUUUAAAAGUGAUUCCACAAAAACGUAUAUUUCAUUCACUUUAUUAGACCUGUCUAUGAAGAUAUUAUUAAUGGAUUUGUGUAUCCAUUUGGUAAUCAAGUUGAAAAAAUCAAAGUUAAUGAUUCAUUUCGAAAAUUAAAAGAGUAUCUAAAAUUCAUUAUUUCAGAAUUAUGUAUUCAGGUAAUAAAUACGAAUUAUUGGACAAAUUCUCUUUAUUUACCAUUAAAAAUUAAGAAAAUACCGAUGAUCUCUAAGAGCAUGUCAAUUAAAAUUUAUUGAAUUAAGCAAAUCCUGAAAAGUUACUCUAUGGAAUUUGUCUAUCUGUUUACGAUUUUAUUGAAACUACUCCUGAUCAUAUUAAAUUAACAUUUGAAAAUAGAAAAAAAAGAAUUUUUUGGAAAUACAAAAAAACUUAUUGUUUUAUAACUUUCUUUCCAUUUUAUGAAUUAUUCUAAGAUCUAUUAAUCUCAAUUAUAAGUAAUAAAGUAUGUAUAUUAUUUAAUAGAUUUAAUUAAAAUCAAUAGAACUGAUAGGUAUUUAAAGAAAUAUUCAGCAGAAUACGAAGUUCUUAAAGAUGUAGAUGGUUAGUAAAUUAUACUUGUAUAUAUAAAAUAUUAUUAAAAUAUUAGGAGUUUUAAGAUGAAUUAACUAAAUUUUUAAAUUUAAUUUAAUCAAUUAAACCAAUGUUAGGACAUUAAUAAUUAGAAAUCUAAACUUUAGCAGGUACUCUUAAAUAUAGAAUUCCUAAUUAAUUAUAAUUAGAUGUAGAAUUAAGAAUUUGGAGUGCCAAUGUUACUUUAUAAAUUUUAAAUUUUAAAGAAAUCUUAACAAUAUUUUUAGCAAUGAUAUCUGAAAUCUCAAUUAUUUUUGUUUGUGAGAAAAGCAAUAUCUUAACAUCAAUUAUGUAUUAAAUUUUAGAAUUAUCAGCCAUUUUUUCCAUCAUUUAUUCCGUCCUUUAGAAUGGACACAUGGAAUCAUUUAUAAUGUACCUGAAUAAUUAACAACUAUGAUUCAAUCACCAGUUCCAAUCAUUAUUGGAGUCAAUCUUAUAGAAAGUGAUUUCAAUAUAUUGGGUCUUUCUGAAAAUUGUGAAAAUCAUUUAUUUGUAUUUUUGGAUCGAGAUAAAGAAAAUAAAUUUAUCGCCAAACCAACAAAUGUAAUGAAAGAUAUAGUUACUCCUUCAUUUGGAGGAUUUCUAUCAUAAAUUGAUACUAUUAUUAAAAAUUAAACCAAUAUACGUAAUCCUAGGUAAUUAUACCUUUUAUAUUUUUAUUAGUCCAAGUAUUAGAUAAACUUCAAAUAAACAUGAAGAUAAAAAAGUAAUUAAAUUUUAUUUUGAUGAUCAAGAUCAAAGUAAAAGCAAAUAAGUACUUGAAAUCUUUAAAAAAAUAAUUAAUUAAUAUAUCAUUUCUAAAUUACCAUAAUCAAAUUAAGAUGGACUUAAAGUUAAUAUUUAAAUAUUUAUAAUAGAAUUAACAAAAUGUGAAUUUAUAAUUUAUUGAGCAUUACUUACUCUCUGAAUCUGAUCUUAAGGAUAAAAAAUUUAUUUAGAAUCUAUUUAAGACAUAACAUUUCUAAUAUUUUAUAUAACAACAUUAUUUGUGA